GUGAAGUUAAUUUCUUCGCGGGAAGAUUCAGUUUUGUGUCAGAUGUAGUGUUAGUGACAUGUAAUAAUUAAAUUUUAAUACUGCAGUUUACACGAAUGGCAGGUCCCCACGAAGUUACUUUCAAAACGUUAAUACAUUUCCUAGAAGAAGCUGUCACAUGGACCUCUGAUGCAAGGCAGAGACUUUCCUAUAGCCGUGGAGAAGUGAAUCAGCUGUUGCACAACUGGAAUCCACCUCAAAGUAUUAAAUUGGAUGCAGCCGUUUAUUCAGAGUGCUCAAAUAAGAAUGAUGGAAUCAAAGAAGGCCAGAGAGUCGAGGAAACAUGUAAUUCAUCAAAGAAAACUAAGAACAAAACAAAAAAUGUAGUUGGUAGAAGCAGUGCUUGCCUCAAGUCAACGCAAGGGGAGACAAUAGGUAAAAAAAGUGUUUCAAUACACUCACAGUCAAAAGAAUUUACUUCAUCAACUGGGAAUUCAAGCAUGUUGCACAAAGGCAUUCAAGAGAAAGACAGAAUGACUGAAAAUUUGUCGCCAUCAGCAUCUGAAUCAAAAGAUCCUUUAAGAAAGAAAAUGCUUGUGAAAUUCAGACAAAAUCCAUUAGUACCAAGGACAACUUAUCAGAGUGAUUAUUCUACAUUAAAACCGACAACAUAUUCAAAACAAUUGCAAAAUGCAAAUAGUAUUAAUAUAACAGCCAGAAAUUCUCAAGUAAAGGAAAAGAUCAGUGAAAGUUUGACAGGUGUGAAAAGUGAGAGUACUAGAAAAUAUAUAAAUGAGAAACAUGGAAAUAGACAGACAGAGAAUGGGAAAUUGAAAGAAUUGAACACAGUUGGUGAUAAACUAGAAAACAACAAAGUGAAACCAAUGUAUUUGACCUUAGAGGAAGCUGUAGAGGAAUUGAACAUUUGCUCCACUUCCUCAGAACUGGUUCGUAACUUCGGGUUACAUUAUAGUUUCUUGCACAAUAUAGAAGAGAAGAGGGAUCAUCCAGCUGCUGCACAGAAUGCUGCUGCUUCAGCGGCAUUUCUGAAAUUGUUUUCAGAGCUGAAUAAGACAAUCUGGCUCAAGAACCUCUCAGAACCUCUAGGACGCUUGUUUGCAGAUACUAUGAGUCUCUCGAAUAAACUAUUUGAUGUACAUAGUUGUAUUUCAAGAACAGACGUACAGGAAGAGUUGGAGUUGAGAAAUAUAUAUGAAAGAAUGGAAAAACAAUUUUUAAGACUGUCAAAUCAAGAUAAUAUUGUUCAUACUGUGAGCAGAUCAAGAUCAACACCUCAAAGGAGUAAACACACCACUCCAUGUCAAAACAUGGGACUGUGGUACUGGAGGAAGACUGCUAUUUUUGAUGGUCUUAAUAAAAAACUACACUUGGUUUACAAAGAUGAGAAACAGUGGCAGAAACUUCAAGAAAAUCUUCAGUUAAUAGAGAGGCUACAAUUUCAAAUAGAUGUAUUUGAUCUGAUUUUAUCAGAAAUGAUACCACGGAUUUUGUCGAUGGAUCCCAACACAAAGAAUUUUCAAAUGAUGCUGAAAGUUGUAUGGGCAGUGACAGAUUUUACAAGACUUCCUGUUCCAGUAUUCAUAAUUCCUUGAAACAGUAGCCUCGUGAUAAUUAGCUAAGCAGUAAUUAACACUAAAUAAUCAAUUAAAAUCAUUCUACAAAAUUUAUUAACAUACAAAUAUUUACAUUAACUCUAUUUAAUACAAUAAUUCC